UUGAAAUAACGUACAUCUAUUUUGCAAAUUUUCAUUAAACGGAUUUAGUGAGGUAUCUUGCAAACACCGAAUGAUGAAUUUCAUACGAAUAUGGCAACUUUUAUGUUGCAUAUUUUGUCUCUACUGUUAUUCAAGUUUCGCUGCUCCAAACGAAGGAAAGCUUGGAUCCUACAAUAUUGAUACUGCUGCAAUUUCUGUUAGUGGAUUCUCGUCGGGAGGAUUUAUGGCAGUACAGCUGCAUGUCAUUGAAUCUGAUACUUUCAUGGGUGCUGGAGUUGUAGCUGGAGGUCCAUACGACUGCGCACAUGAUUCUCUAUCAAAUUCUUUGACAGCAUGCAUGUCUUCACCAUAUAUGAUACAAGCAAAAAGUUUAAUAGAAAACGCAAAAGCACAAGCUGACUUGGGUCGAAUAAGCUCGCUCAAUAAUCUGUACAAUUCUAGACUCUAUCUUUUUAGUGGAAAAGAGGAUUCGAUCGUCAAGCCAGGUGUGAUGACGAAAGCUCAGGAAUUCUACGAAGAGUUUGUUAAUCCCGCCAACAUUUUGACACAGUAUGACAUUGUUGCAGAGCAUGGAUUUGUCACAAUGAACAAUGGUGGAGCGUGUAACAGAAUAUACAGAACUUACAUAAAUGACUGUAAUUACGAUUCUGCUUAUCAUCUUCUUAAUCACAUAUACGGCGGAAACCUCGAGGUUCCAAGUUAUUCGUCGACAGCUCCUGCUCCGCGAGGCACGGUUUUUACAUAUGACCAAUCUGAAUUCAUUAAUUCUCUGAACCCGUCAUCAAUUGGAAUGGAUUCCAAAGGGUAUAUUUUUGUGCCAGAUUCCUGCACUGGAGCAACAGAAACAUGCCGUCUACAUGUUUCUAUUCAUGGAUGUGAACAAGGUGAUAGCUUCAUCGGAGAUUCGUAUGUUAUGGAGACUGGUUAUAAUGAGGUUGCGGCAUUGAAUAAUAUUAUUGUCAUAUAUCCUCAAGCGUCAGUGAUUCCCAUCUCCAACCCCGAUGGAUGUUGGGACUUUUGGGGAUACACCGACUCAAACUACGCGUACCACAAUGGCAAACAAGUAGUAGCAAUAAUGAACAUGGUUAAAAGAAUGACAUCUGAUUCGACGACUAUGACAUCAUCGCCCGCACCUACAGUUAUUACAACAUCUCCUACGGUAGUACCAACAGAAGCAUCAUCUAUAAAAACUGUUGAACCGAAGACAACAACAAAGCCAGAAUCUUCUAUUGAAGAUGGAGUUUUGGAACUGUACUGAUAACCGGGUGGAGCCGAAAAGAGUUGUUGCAAUCCUGGACAGAAAUAAGAAUGUUGAACCAUCGGAUCGGCGUGAAAGUACUACAAAAUACAAACAAAUGAUCAGAACAAUGAAGAACCCUGUAACAGUAGCAAACCAACAUAACAUACUAUUUAAUGUAAAGAAUGACUUUAAUUCAUCCGAAAUCCAUGGAAACUUUUAUUGUUAGUUUUUAUGUGCAACAAUCGUACUGCCCUUAAUCAAUCAAUUUUGGUAUCUGUAUAUAUGCGUGUUCUAGAGUUUAUUUGUUUUAUUUUGUUUAGUUUGCAUUCUCUUUUAUCACAUGUGAUUAUUGCCCAACUGCGUUUAUUUGGCCGAAACGUGUUUGUGUCCGACACGCUAUCAACUUUAUUAUCAUUUUUUUUCAACCUGAAUGUGUGACUCACUUUUUUCACAUGAAACGUGUAGUUGUGUUACUUUUGGUAAACGAUCACGUACAUUGUGCGUUAUAAACUUUAUUCAUAAGUCUUGCUCGUUUUCCGGGUAUUUCUGUUAUGUGUUUUGUUCCUUUCGUGUUUUCAGAUUGCCGAAAUAAAUUUU